AUGCUCACCAAGCUCUUCGUCGGCCUCCUUGCCGCCACCAUGAGCACCGCUUUCCCCGCGACCAACAUGGAGACUGCUUCUACCGCACCCGCCAAAGCCAAUGUCCUCGUCGACCUCUUCUACAGUGACAACUGCAAUGGCAAGCCGACUUACGCCCGCAUCGAAGCAGACAAGUGCUACGAUUUCAGCGCAGGCGUCAAGAGCCUUCGUGUUGCCGGCGUCGAGGGUCAGGUCAAGUACAAUGCCUUGAACGUCUACUCUGCCAAGUCUUGCGACUCUGGACCUGUUCUUCAGCCUGUGCUGAGUGAUGCUUGCUCGGCUGUUGUUGCGUACAAGGCCAUCAAGCUUUCGAUCGAUACACCAAAGGCCUAG